CAGGAGGACUACGACCGCCUGCGCCCCCUCUCCUACCCGGACACCGACGUGAUCCUCAUGUGCUUCUCUGUGGACAGCCCGGACUCGCUGGAGAACAUCCCGGAGAAGUGGGUGCCCGAAGUCAAGCACUUCUGCCCCAACGUCCCCAUCAUCCUGGUGGCCAACAAGAAAGACCUGCGCAACGACGAGCACGUGCGCAACGAGCUGGCCCGCAUGAAGCAGGAGCCGGUGCGCACCGAGGAUGGCCGCGCCAUGGCCAUUCGCAUCCAGGCCUACGACUACCUGGAGUGCUCGGCCAAGACCAAGGAGGGCGUCCGGGAGGUCUUUGAGACUGCCACCCGGGCUGCCUUGCAGAAGCGCUACGGCACCCAGAACGGCUGCAUCAACUGCUGCAAAGUGCUAUAGGGCGCGGCUGGAGCGCGGCGCUGGGCACGGCGCCCGGGUCACCCGUCGGCAGGCAGAGAGGAGCUGGGUUGCGCACGCACGCGACGUCUGUCUGUCCCCUCUGCUGGGGGCUGGCGAUGAGUCGAGGUGGGGGCUAAGGCCUUGGCUGAAGAGGGUUGUGCUGGCUCAGCCGUGGGGACAGAGGGAGGGGGGGAAUUGCAUGCCCUGAGUAUUGGGAAUAACGUGGGGGAGAAGCCUUCUCCUGCCAUCGGCCCCUGUGAGUUAAUGGCAGACUCGACAACAAAAAGCUGCUGCGACUGGACUGAGCGAACGCUGCACCCGGCUCUUCCCCUUUGCCUACCACCUGCUGCUCCCAGCUCCUGGGCAGCCUCCUCUCUUUUGCAAGAGGAGAGUGAUGGAGCUGCGACGCUCGAAGGGACUUCUGCCUCCUGCCCGCAUAUGCCUCCCCCGGGAUGGCUGGGGAAGGGGACUGCAUCUCCCGGG